AUGCAUUUCUCAGCCUUUAUCCGUCAUUUAUCUGCUUGCAGUCUCAUAGCCAGCGCAUUGGCCCUCUCCCCCGAGUGCGCGAUUGACUGGACCAGCAUCCGAUGUCCCAAGGACUCCAAGACCACCCUACCAACACCGACUUACGGAGAUACCAACGCUGUCUUUACGGUGUGCACCGAGGAGUUCAUCCAUGCCCCCCCAGAGAGCGUGUACGAUGCUCUCAUCGACUAUAGCUCGUACCACAUGUGGAAUAGCUUUGUUGUCGAGGUUGAUUUACCGGCAGGGGUUAAGACACCAGAGGACGUGUACGUCGGCAUGCCCAUGAACCUCACCACCUCUGGCAUCGUCCCCUUUGUCAAUACCACCAGUGAGGAGGUAGUGACAGUGCUGGAAAGGGACUUUCCAACCUGGCGGAGCAAUGUCACAGUUUUUGGGGCUCUCGUGGUUGCGGAGCAUCCCAACAUCCUCGUGAACCAGGGGCAUGGAAUCACGAGGUAUGUAUCGUAUGAGACAUACUACGAAAAUCCGCUCAUACCCUCCCUGCUGGUUGCCAGGUCCACGCUUCAGGGUUUAUUUGAGCAACAGGGGAGGGACCUGAAGGCAUAUGUUGAGUCUCAGGUUUGA